AUGGGUUCGAUUACUUUAUCAACGAUGGAGGAAUAUCAGGACAAGCGGUUAAAAACUGUUCUGUAUUAUACGAAGAAUUGGGGUAUCGAGUGGUGGUGCGUUAUUCAAUCUAUUUUUAUCUACAAAUUUCGCAUCGGAAGUAUUGGUGGCAAAGUGGCAGAUGUCUUAGGUGGAGAGAAGUUAAAAGCACCAAAUUCGCAGCAGCAGACGUUUUUGGCCGAGGGCGGUAGGACGUCAGAUCCAGUUGAGGUUCGGAUCCUAAUAUACGGGGAAAGUACUGGAGGUUCACUUUGCAUCUUCCAAGAUAAGAGGAGCAAUGGCGCAGUGGCAUGUGACUUUGGUGGAGAUGAGAAGGACGUGGGACCGGCUCGAGGUUCGGAUCAUUUUAAG